GAGGCCGGACGGGCGGGCGCGCUGGGCUGGGGACACGGCUGCGCUGCAGAGAUGUGACUCGGGCCGAGGGCCAGCAGGAGCAUCGGCGCUGCGGGGCCGCGGGGGUCGAGAGAAAGAUGAGAACCCAGCAGGCGCCCGCUUUCCUCCUGCUCUUCGUGAUUGCCUCCGGGGCCUCUGAGAACACCAGCACGUCCCGGGGCUGCGGGCUGGACCUUCUCCCACAGUAUGUGUCCCUGUGCGACCUGGACACCGUCUGGGGCAUCGUGGUGGAGGCCGUGGCGGGGGCGGGCGCCCUGAUCACACUGCUCCUGAUGCUUAUCCUCCUGGUGCGCCUGCCGUUCAUCAAGGACAAGGAGAAGCACCCCGUGGGCCUCCACUUCCUCUUCCUCCUGGGGACCCUGGGCCUCUUCGGCCUGACGUUCGCCUUCAUCAUCCGGGAGGAUGAGACCAUCUGCUCCGUCCGCCGCUUCCUCUGGGGCGUCCUCUUCGCGCUCUGCUUCUCCUGCCUGCUGAGCCAGGCGUGGCGCGUGCGGAGGCUGGUGCGCCACGGCAAGAGCCCGUCGGGCUGGCAGCUGGUGGGCGUGGCCCUGUGCCUGAUGCUCGUGCAGGUCAUCAUCGCCAUCGAGUGGCUGGUGCUGACCGUGCUGCGCGACGAGAAGCCGGCCUGUGCCUACGAGCCGAUGGACUUCGCCAUGGCCCUCAUCUACGACAUGGUACUGCUCGUGGCCACCCUGGGGCUGGCCCUCUUCACGCUGUGCGGCAAGUUCAAGAAGUGGAAGCAGAACGGGGUCUGCAUCUUGGUCACGGCCUUCCUCUCCGUGCUCAUCUGGGUGGCCUGGAUGACCAUGUACCUCUUCGGCAAUGCGGAGCUGCGGCAGGGAGACGCCUGGGGGGACCCCACCUUGGCCAUCACGCUGGUGGCCAGUGGCUGGGUCUUCGUCAUCUUCCAUGCCAUCCCAGAGAUCCACUGCACCAUCCUGCCCGCCCCGCAGGAGAACGCACCCAACUACUUCGACACGUCGCAGCCGAGGAUGCGGGAGACGGCGUUUGAGGAGGACGUGCAGCUGCCGCGGACCUACAUGGAGAACAAGGCCUUCUCGAUGGAUGAACACAACGCAGCUCUCCGAACAGGAUUUCGCAAUGGCAGCUUGGGAAACAGACCCAGCGCUCCGUUCAGAAGUAACGUGUAUCAGCCAACUGAGAUGGCCGUUGUGCUCAACGGGGGGACUAUCCCAACUGCUCCGCCAAGUUACACUGGAAGACACCUCUGGUGAAAGCCUUUAAGUUCCAGAGAAUAAGAAUCUCUCUUACCGAUUUUA